CUGAGUUGCAAAAUGACCCGUAACGUGACAAUGACCCCCCUCCUCGUGACCUUGUGUCUCAUAGCUGUAAUUGCUGGACACAGCACGUAUGGCACUGGUGGACACAGACCUGUUGUCCAUGGCAGUGGAGUGCGCGGUGGUGUCCACGGAGGAGUCCAUGGAGGUGUCCUUGGUGGUGUUCACAGCGGUGUCCUCGGGGGUGUCCACGGAGGUAGUGUUCAUGGCGUAGGACUCGUAGGCUCUGGCAUCCACGGCGCCGGAUCCUUCAACACCGCUCAUUACCCUGGUCUUGUGCCUGGUUACAGCUUCUACGACCAAAGGCCCGUGCUCGGAUACAACACGUGCAAAUACUGGUGCAAGAGCAAUUAUACCAACAAGUACUACUGCUGCCAGCGACCUUACCAAGGAUAGACAGAAUUUUUCACCGAAAAGUAUUUACUUGUUGAUCUGAUAUAU